AUGAACGACAGUGCUGUUUCGACCCUACAGACCGCAUUCGCCGAUCCCCUGCCGGCCCUGCGCGAGGCGAUUGCUGAAUACGCUUGGCCGAGUCUAAGGCGACACCUUGGUCCGGAUGCAGAGUCGAUCAUCAGUUGUAUGAAGGACUCCAAAAUUGCGAAGCCUCAACCGAAGCCCGUCCCCGUGCAUGAAGAGCCGAGGGACGGUGGGGAGGAGGCGGCGGCGGCAGAGGCUCACCCUCGUCGUGAUCAUCGGAAGCAUAGGAAUCCGGAUUGGCGCGCGAGGAAAGCGAGUCCAG